UCCAUUUUCGCGGGAAGCGUACCUUCUUCCCGCCUAAUUCCACUUCUUUACCUUCCUCCCAUUCACUCACGAUUUGUCCACAAACCCUAUACGCCAUGGCCGACUCCUCUCCUUACGGUGCAUCGUCUCCUGAUGGCACAUCAAGUCCCAUUGCCAACACCAACUCCUCCCCUAUACCCUCCUCCAAUGGUGGCCAACGGCAACCCGGUCGAUCAGGCCGUCGUUACCCCGUCGCCGGCAGCCCUAUUAUCUCUUCCUCCCAAGGAGCUUACCGUACCCCUCUUUCUUCUUCUCGGCACCAACGCCGCCAAGCCACUCCCUCUACUCCUGCAACUCCUAUCUCCUCUUCCGAUGCCAUGGGUCUUUCCUCGGACGCCGGAGAUGAUGCUGACGCUGCCAUUGAUGGGGAAGACGCCGAUUCAACUCCAGUCUUUGUGUGGGGGACGAACAUAAGUGUGCAGGACGUUAACGCCGCAAUCCUACGUUUUCUUCGCCACUUCCGCGACCCUCAGCGAGCUUCUGAUGGUGGAAGUAACGGGGGUGUAGUGAUGGAGGGGAAGUACAUGCGAGCAGUUCACCGGGUUUUGGAGCUGGAUGGAGGAGAGUCGCUGGAUGUAGAUGCACACGAUGUGUUUGAUUAUGAUCCUGAUCUGUAUGGAAAGAUGGUGAGGUACCCGCUUGAGGUUCUGGCGAUCUUUGACAUCGUGCUUAUGGAUUUGGUGGCGAGAAUUGACCCUUUGUUUGAGAAGCAUAUUCAAACCAGGAUUUAUAACCUCAAGUCCUCCAUUUCGAUGAGGAAUCUUAACCCCUCUGAUAUUGAGAAGAUGGUGUCCGUGAAGGGAAUGAUCAUUCGAUCCAGCUCAAUUAUACCUGAGGUUAAAGAGGCAAUUUUUAGGUGCUUGAUUUGCGGUCACUUCUCUGAGCCUAUUAUGGUGGAUCGAGGGCGCAUUAAUGAGCCAACUAGGUGUGGAAGGCAGGAAUGCUUGGCCACAAACUCCAUGGCAUUGGUCCAUAAUCGAUGCAGAUUUGCAGACAAGCAGAUAGUCAAGUUACAGGAGACACCAGAUGAGAUACCUGAAGGUGGAACUCCGCACACAGUCAGCAUACUUAUGCAUGACAAACUAGUGGAUACAGGGAAACCUGGAGAUAGAGUUGAAAUUACUGGGGUAUAUAGAGCUAUGAGUGUUAGAGUGGGGCCAACUCAGAGAACUGUUAAAUCUAUAUUCAAGACAUACAUUGAUUGUCUCCACUUAAAGAAGACUGAUAAGUCAAGGUUGCAUCUCGAUGAUCCCAUGGAUUCCAGUAAUAAUUCUAGCGGGGUUGAUAUCGCAGAGGAUUCACCAGAGUAUCAAGAUAAGGUUGAUAAGUUGAAAGAGCUUUCAAAACUACCUGAUAUUUAUGAUAGGCUGACAAGGUCACUAGCUCCGAAUAUAUGGGAAUUAGAUGAUGUGAAAAGGGGGCUUCUUUGUCAGCUUUUUGGUGGUAAUGCUCUAAACCUUCCAUCUGGAGCUAGCUUUCGUGGAGACAUCAAUAUCCUACUUGUUGGAGAUCCUGGAACCAGCAAGUCCCAGUUGCUGCAGUACAUGCAUAAAUUGUCUCCACGUGGGAUUUAUACCAGUGGCAGAGGAAGCUCUGCUGUUGGUUUAACUGCCUACGUAACGAAGGACCCAGAAACUGGUGAAACAGUUUUGGAGAGUGGGGCACUCGUCCUUAGUGACAAAGGUGUUUGCUGUAUAGAUGAGUUUGAUAAGAUGUCGGAAAAUGCACGGAGUAUGUUGCAUGAGGUCAUGGAACAACAAACAGUUUCAAUUGCAAAGGCUGGGAUAAUUGCUUCCUUGAAUGCCAGAACAUCUGUCCUAGCUUGUGCAAAUCCUAGUGGGUCUCGAUAUAACCCUAGGCUCUCAGUCAUUGAGAACAUUCACCUUCCCCCAACCCUACUCUCCAGGUUUGAUUUGAUUUACCUUGUUUUGGACAAAGCUGAUGAACAAACAGAUAGGCGUCUUGCAAAGCACAUUGUUGCUUUGCAUUUCCAAGACCCGGAGAAUAUAAUACAGGAAGCUAUGGAUCUUCCUACUCUUACCGCAUACAUUAGCUAUGCUAGAAAGCACUUCAACCCAAUACUCUCCGAUGAAGCUGCUGAAGAUUUAACCAGUGGUUAUGUUGAGAUGAGGAAAAGAGGAAACUCUCCAGGAAGCAGUAAAAAGGUUAUAACAGCAACAGCUAGGCAAAUAGAGAGCUUGAUUCGUCUCAGUGAAGCUCUAGCUCGAAUGCGAUUCUCUGAAUUGGUUGAAAAACGGGAUGUGACCGAGGCUUUUAGGCUGCUGGAGGUUGCAAUGCAGCAAUCAGCAACUGAUCAUUCAACUGGAACAAUCGACAUGGAUCUUAUAAUGACCGGGAUAUCGGCUAGCGAGAGAAUCAGACGAGAGAACCUGGUCGCAGCGGCACGAAACCUUGUAAUGGACCGAAUGCAAAUCGGAGGGUCACCAACUCGAGUUGUUGAGUUGCUGGAAGAGUUGAGGAAGCAGAGCUCUAUGGAAAUUCAUCUUCAUGAUCUGAAGAAUGCCCUCGCCACACUGAUGAGCGAAGGGAUGGUUGUUCUAAUUGGUGAUAGUGUGAAAAGGAUAUAAUGGACAUUUGGGGUUUCUACUUCUAGCACAAUCAUUCUCUUCAGAUAUAGGCUUCGAUUGGAACGGCUUUCUUAUUGUUUCAUAAAACAGCUUUAUAGUUAAAAAAUUAAAAUUUUGUAUUCAAAAGCUUCUUUAAGAAACAGUAAAUAAGCCGUCCCAAACGAAGUCAUAAUCUAGUGAGAAACAGGAGGCAGAGAAAUAUUCUUCAUGCUGGAUUGUCCAUCUCUACUUUAACAAUUUUUUUUUUGAAAGGUGAGAUAUCAUCCUAAUGUUCGUUGUGAUUGAAUGGAUGUUUAUUGCUUAUAAACUUGCUCUAUUAUGCUGAUUGCUGACUAGUGGUCUGCUUCUCAUUUAUAGCCAAAAGCCUUAACGAUUACUUGUAGUAUUGACAUUGAGUGCCAGCUUGGUUGUCCUUGCAGUGCACUUUUCAUGUGAAGAUGUGCAAACAAAUUUCUUUA